UGAGAUCCUAGGGUGCAAGGUGCUGUGCAAUGCAAAGAAUGAUCUUUCUGCAAAAUGUUCCUGCUCUAUCAGCCAAUGAGCGGGGAUGGAACAUGCGGUAGAAAUUGAAAGACGGCUGACACAAUGCAGAAGAGAAUGCUCACCACAUGGGCGGGGUGGCCUGUUGUUUGAAGAACUCAACGCUUUAGAAGUCUGAGAUUCUGUUCCACUCCCCUCCUUGGGCAGGAGGAUCUGUGAUGCACACUGAGGAAGGAGAGAGCUGUUUGUGCAUAGGGGAUUUUUCCCCUCCCUGAGCUGUCUUAUGUGAGCAGGGAGUGGGAGUUUCAGUACUUCUCUGCAUUAGUCCAGACCUGUUGCCCAGGCCUGAGAAGGAAGGUGGGGUAGCUGAUGCAUUUCUCAGACUGGAAGAGUUUCUUAUUCGUCACUGUUCCUACACAGAGAGCUCCCUUAAGAUUUAAGCAAGAGGCAACCUAAAUAUCUCUAUCUUGGAAACUGGAUUUGUGUAAGGAAGGACGAGCCAAGGCAUGUUUCAGAGAGGCAGAAUUUUGCCUUGAGAAGAAUAUUUUAAUCGUCAUGCUGGGGGAAUUUUAAAUCAAGAUCAUUUGAACGCUUCUUGGAAGAGAGAUUCCACCUCCACCCUCACCCCGUCUUUUCUGGUUUGAUUUGUUUUUCUUAUGAAAUUUGAAACACCUGCUACGACGAGAGGUUCUGAUUUCCCUUUGUCACCAGAAACUGACCAGUAACUUCUGCAGAGCUGUAGAAUGUUCUGAUUUUCUGCGGGGGGUUGCGGGGGAGAGCUGUAGAGAUGCAUCUUUGCCUGAAAUGGCGGGACAAGAGGCGUGCAUGAAUUGAAUUAAUGGCCGGGGAUGAGUAAUCCCCGCACCAGAAACUUUUGCUACCACAGUUCUCAGACAAGCUGAGUGGCAGAGACCAUAGCCACGGAGGUUGGAGCAUGUGUGAUUAAGUGCUCACCAAGCAUUCCCGAGCCCAGUUUAAGAGGGCACUGUGAUCUUUCCCACAUCAUGGCUUGGUGCUUCUGCUGUUGUCGGAAGUGCCCCUAUUUCCUGUCAGAAGAAGAUAAAACUGCUGUUGUGUUAGAUAAAGAAAUCAACAAAAUAUUAAGAGACCAGAAAAAGCGAGAGAGGCUGGAGCUGAAGUUACUUCUACUAGGUGCCGGGGAAAGCGGGAAGAGCACUUUUAUCAAACAGCUGCGGAUAAUCCAUGGGGCAGGCUAUUCAGAAGAGGAUCGCAAAGGCUUUGCCAAGCUGGUGUAUCAGAACGUCUUUGCCUCCAUCCAGGCCAUGAUCGGAGCCAUGGAGACUCUGCAGAUUCCUUAUGCCCAGCCAGAGAAUGUGGAAAACGCCAAGCUGGUCAUGGGGGUGAAUGCUUCGAAGGUGGCGGCCUUGAACAGGCCAUAUACAAACGCCAUUGAAAGCCUAUGGAGGGACGUGGGCAUCCAGACCUGCUACGAGAGACGGCGGGAGUAUCACUUACUGGACUCGGCCCUGUAUUUUCUGUCCAGCCUGGAGCGCAUCGCAGAGGACAGUUACAUCCCCACAGCUCAGGAUGUCCUGAGGAGCCGCAUGCCGACGACCGGCAUCAGUGAAUACUGCUUCUCGAUGCAGGAGAUGAUCUUAAGGAUUGUGGAUGUGGGUGGGCAGAAGUCGGAGCGCAGGAAGUGGAUACACUGUUUCGAAAACGUUAUUGCCCUGAUCUACCUGGCUUCCCUCAGCGAGUACGACCAGUGCCUGGAGGAGAAUAGCAAGGAGAAUCGGAUGAGGGAGAGCCUGGCCCUGUUCAGAACCAUCCUGGAGCUGCCCUGGUUCCAGAGCGCCUCCGUGAUCCUCUUCCUAAACAAAACUGACCUCCUGGAGGACAAGAUCACCCACUCGGACCUGGCUGCUUACUUCCCCAGAUUCCCAGGACCAAAGCGAGAUGCGGAGGCGGCGAAAAAGUUCAUUCUGGAGAUGUACGUGGACACCUACAAGCGAUGCUCCGCGGUCCCCCGCAACGCAGGGCAGAGACCCUCCGAGACGGCCUCCAAAUCCAGGUGCCUCUACCGCCACUACACCUGUGCCACGGAUACGCAGAACAUCCGCAAGGUCUUCAGGGACGUCAGGGAUGUGCUCUUGGUUGGCUAUUUGGACGACAUCAACCUGCUGUGAGAAGGGCUCAGGCCAGGUUCGUGCAUGGCAGUGACAUUACAGUGCUUGGCGUGGCCAGUGCACAAGGGGACGAAUCAGCUAGGGGUCGGGACAGUGGACCUUGGCUGCUGCUGCUUGUAAAAUGCACUUGGAACGUGCCCCUGAUGCUGUGUUUGGACGGGGCCUGCCUGGUGCUGGGAGCAUGUGGGGGGAACGGUCUCACUUAAUGCCGCCUCGGCUCAGAGGUCUAUGGAGCUGCCUUUUUCACGGCAUCCUGCCAGAAUCCCUGCAGGGCUGCCUGCAGAGUGUCAUCUCAGGCCUUUCUUUAGGGGUCAAUUUUACCCCUUUCUGCGGGAGAUGGGCCCGAAGCCCAGCACUGACUGGGGAUUGGCUCCUAUGAUGGCCUGUAGCUUCUUCAAGGGCUAUUUUUGCCAUCCCUUCAUGCUAGUGGAGGGGCUGCUUCUUGCUGGGACGCUGGGCCCAGCUUUGUUUUUAUUCUCAGGGUUUUUUUUCAUGUGGAUUUAGCCCUAGGAAUAGGAGCUGGAUUGAGAGUCCCAGAGACCAAAUGUCCCUGUUUAUCCUUCCCCAGCACUGCCCAGCCAAAGUCCUGUCCCUCUGACCUACAGGGUCACCUGUAAGGAUGAGAAGGGAGUUUGACCACCAUGGCUCAUUCAGUCAUUGGCCUCCUCUGCUUUCCUGCAGGGCAAAUAGGUAGUGACUCCAGCUCAGCGGGAGAAGAGAAGGCACAGUUGCUGGUUGGACUCUGUUGGGGAGCUGCCGUGUGUGUGUUGUGGAAUCCUUCCAGUUCCCCGGGAGUCUCUAGCUUAGGAAGGCAUCAUGGGGGACGGCACCUCAUGUUCUGAUGCUCAGAGGAAGGCGUGAGCAGUGAUGUGAGCGAGUGUCUCUUCUGGUGGGAGGACAACCACCUCCCGGAGGAGGAGCGGGAACUUCUCCAGAGGGAGCUGGAGCCGGUGUCCGGGCCCACCGUGCGCAAACCAUCUCCCCAGACAGGAGACCCAGCGUGAGCCUCUGAGCAUGGGCAUUCAGCCAGAGCGGAGGGGUGAAUUGAAUAGGGACUGUUGUGAAGGCCAAUUUAUGAAGCAAUCUUUAUGGGUUGGGGGGAAAUUGUUAACCCCCAAUCAAUUCUCUUAUAGUUGUCUGCAGUUCUCUUCCUUGUGGUAUCUGCAAACCACACUACAGCACCUCCUUAAAGAUCCUUCUAGUUCAGCGGUUCUUCAAGGUUUAUACUGGUGACCCCUUUCAGACAGCAAGCCUCUGAGUGUGAC